AUGGCUUUUAACCACCCCGUUCGUGAGAAUGACCACAGUAGCGCAAAGAAGGACAAGACUGCUCACUUGACUGUUCUAGACACCCUUGCUGCCGUUGCGGUCGUUGGUGCUGAGCCCACCACCACACCUACCAUCGAUCCCAUCAUGGAGACAGUCGAGGCCAUUAUUGAGCCUGUUAUCGAGCCCAUGAAUAACAAUGCUGUCACUCACACCGUCACCCAUACCAGUGAUAAAUGGGGUUUAUCACACCGUGACAACAACGGCGACAAACCGGCGACGAUCAACACCAACACGACUAUCAAAAUUACAGGUAGCGACAACUUCCCCAGCUCUAUUGAGAAGAUGCAGUCAGCCUCUCCACGCGCCUCCGUCCCAGGCGGUGCAGAAGGAAAUAGCAACGCUGGUAGCAGCAUCGGCGAGCCUCCAGAGAAUGCAGACAAACCAAGUGAGACCACCCAGACUGCCUGUCGCCAGGCCUCUCCUCAGGCCUCUCCAUCAGACUAUGUAGGCAACACUACUGCAACAACCACCCGCCGCGCGUGUGACUGCCCUGUGUGCCGCACUGUAAAUCUUCAUCCGGCAUAUUUUCCCGGGAUUCCAGAACCUGUUCUUGGACAAGUCUGGAUCAACUACGUUGAUCACAUGCCAGGCAUGCGCACCAAUCAUCAGACCCAGGAUUUGCAGAGGUGCAUUGAGGAUACCGACAGAAUCUCUCGUUUGACUAAUAAUCUCUUGACUCGGGAGAGGGAGCUUCUAGCGGACCUACAUCGUAUCCAGAGUGAGACAUACGAAAGUGGUGACUCUUUCAGCGAGCCCGGUGAUCCCACUGAGGGAAGCAAUGAUGGGCCUGACGACUGUCGCCAUGCUGAAAACGAGGAGUACGAGGAGGCUACAGUUGAUGAUUUUGAAGCCGCUGGGCUCUCUUGGGACUACGAUGGAGGUAAAAUUGCGCGGGACGAGGAGAUUGCGGAGCGUGAUGGUGAUAACGCUGAUACGGAUAAGUGGUGA